AUGAAUAAUAUAAGAUCGAGAUUCUCAUCUCUUAGAGAGUACCUUACUCCGGUGACUCAUACCUCAACAUUCAAGACCACCGGGGAAAUCACUCCCGAAGAGUUUGUGGCUGCCGGAGAUUAUUUGUCCUACAAGUUCCCUACAUGGCAAUGGUGUCCUGUCGCCGAUGACUCGCUUGAAAAGACGUUCUUGCCCAAGGAUAGGCAAUUUCUCGUCACUAGGAAAGUCCCAUCGUACCAGCGUGCGUUGUCGUAUCUCAAUGGUGGGGCAGAAGAAGAUGAUGAAGAAGAUGUUGCCGAUGAAGAUGGCUGGACCACCACCCACACCCAUAUGUUAAAGAAGGGUGACAACGAGAAAGAAGUUGCAGUGGCAAAAAAUGAUCAUUCCCAUGAACUUAUAAACGAUCAAGAGAUCCAGGAUAUAGACGAUGAUGAUUUUGACAUUGAACCAGUAGUGGAAGAUGGUAAGAACCCUAGCGGCGGCGUCGUGCUGCUGCUGCAAGAAUCCCGUCGUAAUUAUGAUUUAUACAUUACUUAUUCCACAUCGUAUCGUGUGCCAAAGAUGUAUCUUGUUGGGUUCGAUGCUGAUGGUAUUCCAUUGACUCCUGACCAAAUGUUUGAGGAUAUUAGUGCCGAUUACCGUGAUAAAACCGCAACGAUUGAAAAGGCGCCAUUUUUGCAAAACACCACUUCGGUAUCGAUCCACCCAUGUCGCCAUGCCACGGUAAUGAAAGUCUUGAUGUCCAGAGCCCAAAUUGCAGCACAAUCCAGGAAGGCCGAAGCCGCGGAAGCCGCCACCAAGGAUAUCACUCAGGGGAUAAAUAAAUUGGGGUUGAAAGAUAGUGAAGAAACAGGAGGUGAUGACGAAUGGGAAGAUGUACAAGGUGUAGGGAAUAAUAAAGAGGAAGACGAAGAAGAUGGGGUUAUUAGAGUAGAUCAAUACUUAGUUAUCUUUUUGAAAUUUAUUGCUAGUGUCACCCCAGGGAUUUACCAUGAUUAUACCAUGGAUGCUUUAUAA